AGCACAGGGAGUGUGCUGCUCUGACCCACAGGUGUGAGGAUGGAGAAGAUGCCUGGCGUGGACCUGCACGCGGAGACUUCUUCAGAGGGAGGUCUGAAGGAGCUGGUUCUCAGGUGGUUCACCGAGACGCAGGCGCCGCUUAUUCUCAACAACGGAAACUUCCCGGACUGGUUUCAAGGCUUUGCUGCAAGAAAGGACGCAGAAGAUCUUCUGAGAGAUAAAUCUCUGGGCUGCUUUCUCAUUCGCCUCAGUGAAAAAGCCAUUGGAUACAUCCUGUCCUACAGGGGCCACGACAGGUGCCGCCAUUUUGUCAUCACUCAGGAUCAGGGCGGUCAGUUUGUGGUUUCAGGAGACUGUCAGACCCACGGCAGCCUCAAGGAGCUGAUCGAGCAUUACAGAGUCCACCCCAUCCAGCCGUUUGGAGAACACCUGACCUCCAGCUGUCAUGAGGUAAACUCAGCUGAGCUUUAUGACGUGGUGAAACUCGACACCAGAGAGAGGUCUGGGGUGAGUGUCCAGGCUCUGCGGACCCUGUGGGAUCAGAAGAACGCUCGGCACAGCCACCCCGUCAGUAACCACCGGACUGAGCCGCUGAAUGAUCCCUCGACAGCUCAGCCUCCUACACUGCCUCCCAAAUCUGAAAACAGGAAACUGACCGGUGCCUGGUCUGUGGACACAAAGUCACACUCACAGGGCGUUCCUCCAGUGCCAAAAAGAGGCCUUCCUCUGGGUUUCUCCCUGAGUGGAUCUCUGCCCGACACAACUUCCCAUCCAGGUGAGACCGAGGUCGACCUGGACAGAUCAGAGGGACUCAGAGGAAACACAAACCUGGACUUCUUAAAUACUGCAGACAGCAGCUAUCCAGGUGAUCUGUGUCCACCUGGGACCACAUACUCUGAGCUGACUCAUGUGGAGAGCAGAAGCAGAUCUCUGCCACGACUGAACAUGGAGGAGGAGGAGUACUCAAACCAGCUCAUAUCCUCCUCCUCUUCAUCACCCGCUCCUCUGAAGAAGACCACCUGCCACACCUACUCCCUCCACGAGCCCAGAGAGCGGCCGAGCUGCUCCCUGUCAGACCGGCAGGGUGACCAUGAGGAGAUGUCCAGGAACAACCCGCUGUACCAGCACUCUGAGGGUCCAAGAGGAAGUCCAUCACAGCCUGAAAACAUGUACGAGCUGAUCCCUGGGGAGGCUGCUGCCAAUGUUCAAGGUAACAUGUACGAGUCUCUGGAGGACAUGAAGACCAAGAAGUCCAAAUCCACCAUGGGGAAAAACAAUGUGAAUUGGAAAAAAUUCCUCCCUGACUACAUGAAGAAAUAAACAAAAGUCAAAGAGGGAUGAAAUGAAAUGUGGAAGGGUGAAAUAGAAUGAUUGGUUUUUAUUUUCAACAAAAACAUUUUAAAAUUCACAUGAAUGAAAUACAUUUGCUUUCAUUUACUUGUGUCCAAAAACAAAAAAAAGGAGAUCAUCAUUUGCUUGAGGUUUAGAAGGAAAAACAGAACUGCAGUACCCAAAGAGUCCACUUGGGCUGUCUACUACUGUGAGUCAAUCCCCAUAGAACCCCAUGUUAAAAUGUACAACUUUACAGCUGCAGUUCCUCCAGUGUCCACUAGAGUCUGUCUCCUGCAGUGACUCAGUCCCCAUAGAGCCCCAUGUUAAAAUGUCCAACUUUACAGCAGAAAUAAACAUGUUUACAGCCUGGUACAAAAACAGUUUGGGGUCUCUAGAACUCAAUUCUCUCUUUGUUUUGUUCCUUUUUUUUGUGUUCGGCUUUCAAAUAUUUAAGAUAGAUUCUCCGUAUGGCAUGGAAGGGGAUGUUAAGGGAAGCGUUUCACAUUUGGUUGCAAUCUGGGACUUCACCACUAGAUGUCACUACACUCUUUUCAGUUUUUUUUUCAACAUUUGUUUUAAACAUUGCUCAGACUUCCUGCAGUUCAAAGCUCAUAGUUUGACCUCUUGAAUCCAGUCAUUAGCGCUGUCCGUCUUUCCUGUAUUUCAACUUUCUUCUUCUCUCCUCUUUGCGAACCAUUGACUGCAUAUAAACAUAGAAGAUGAAGAUCUCUAUGGAGUGGACUGAACUCAAACCUCCUCCUCCUCCUCUGUCUUCAUCUUCUCUUUCACUGAGUCCUCCUCGUGAGACCUCGUCCCACCCAAAGCCUUCCUCCUUUUGAUGAGGAGCUCUUUAUCUGAGAUUCCUCUCAGCUCUUUUUGAACCGACUCUCUCUCCUUCAUGGCGACUUCUUUAUUCCUUUCAAAAUCCUCCUCGUUAUCUUUGCCUCUGUCACCUCCCUCUGAGGAGGUCGUCCUCUGAGAAGGGUCUCUCUUUUUUUUCUAAGGAAUUUCUGUUACCUAUUUCUAAAAGGUUUCUCCUCGUGUUAUGGUCACCUCUUCAUCACCAUGAAGAUCUAUAUUUUCUCGGUCUAGUUUUCUCUGUAUCACUAACUUGCCCUAAGGCCGGAUUAGCCACUAGGGCACCUGGCUGCCCUUUUCCAAAGAGAAGUUUUAUUUACUGAUAAAGUUGAAUAGUUGUUGCUUUACCAUCAUCACUUAUUGGAUUUUAAACUACUGUAGUGUAAAAAUAAAAUAUAAGGUUAAAAACUCAAAGUGUAAAUGCAGAAGGAUACGAAUCUGGUUCUCUUAAGAUCACUAAAGGCGUCCCCCAGGGCUCCGUUUUGGGACCUAUUUUGUUCUGUAUUUUUUUUAACGACCUGGUUAAGGACAUCAAAGCCAAAAAUACAGUUCUACACUUCUAUGCGGAUGAAACUAUCUUUACAGUGGUAUCCUGUUUAGUCUUUGUAUUGAUUUCAAAAUUAGUUUUUAGUUUAUUAAGCACUGUCAUUUUAAAUGUUUCUUGUGUGUAAUCAUGUGUAUUAAUUUGUCUGUGCUUUUAUGUCUUGUCUGAACACUUUGCACUGCAUUUGAAUUUGUCUGAAAGGUGCUUUAUGAAUAAAGUUUGAUUGAGUAUCAUCUA